AUGUCACAUUUACCACAAAAACAAAAGCGCGAAAUUCUCGUGAUUGGCGCGGGCGGAGUCGGCACGAUGGCCUGCGUCGCUCUUGAACGAUCUGGUAUGGCAAGGGUGACUGCAGUACUCCGCUCAAACUACGAAAAGGUGGUGCGAGAUGGCUUUGAGAUAGAGUCUGUUGAUCAUGGAAAGCUUUCCGGCUGGAGACCGAGUCAUGUGGUCAGCAAAAUUCCCGACGCCAGCUUGCAACGUCCAUUUGACUAUGUUAUCGUCACAAUGAAGAAUAUUCCUGAGAUUACGAAUAUUGCGGAAAUAAUCGCGCCUAGCGUGACACCCAAUCACACUACCAUUGUUUUACUACAAAAUGGAAUCUAUACCGAGCCUUCGAUAAUUGAUGCAUUUCCGACAAAUGCAGUUCUCUCCGGUCCAAGCUACAUUGGUGCUCACGAAAGAAAUGGUCAUGUCAUUCACGAUGACCCUGAUCGAUAUCAUCUGGGCGUGUUUCAUAAUACACAGCUAGAUCGCAAGUAUGAGCAGGGUAUAUUGGAAGACUUCGCAUCGGUCUAUAACGGCAAUGGUAUUGAGCAUGCUAUGGUCGUGCAGGACAUAGUUCACUACCGAUGGAGAAAGGCCCUAUGGAACGGUAUCUACAACACAAUGUGUGCUAUCACUCAGCUUGAUAAUGCUGCUAUACGGCGGUCCGGUGGUGAACAUAGCCUGAUAAGACCAGGCAUGGCUGAAAUGGCCGCGAUUGCUAAGGCCGACGGUUAUGAUCUCGGGGAGAAUAUUGUGAAUGAAAUGGUUGACGCAACGCCCAUUGAAUUAUCCUUUCGUCCGAGUAUGCUGGUUGACGUGGAUAAAGGUAAUCCGGUGGAAGUUGAGGUGAUUUUAGGAAACGCCCUGCGUGUAGCCCGGAGGGAAGGCGUUCAAACCCCCAUUUUAGAUAACACAUAUCGGUUUCUCAAGCUCAUUCAGAUCAGACUCCUCACUGCGCGUGGAUAUAUUUAUGAGCCAAGGGAAAUUCCUACAGCAGACUUUAUUUGA